AUGGCUUCAACAUCAUCCCCAACAGCGGCAACGGAGCCCAAGCGUGUUCCCAUUCCCAAAAAUGGCGUCGACUACCGUGGCAAAGUCGUUCUUGCGCCGAUGGUCAGGUCGGGAGAAUUGCCUUCAAGAUUGCUGGCGCUGAAGUACGGUGCUGAUCUUGUCUGGGGUCCCGAGACGAUUGAUCGCGCAAUGAUAGGCACGACCCGCCGCGUAAACCCGCACACAUCGACCAUCGAAUUCUCCCGGAUGCCCUCCUCCAAAGUCAAGAAUCCAGCUCUGGACCCAGAGAACCGCGAGUCGGUCAUAUAUCGCAUCCACCCGGAGCUGGAGAAGGGGAAACUGAUAUACCAAAUCGGCACCGCAGACCCGGACCUCGCAGUCGAGGCCGCGAAGAUUGUGGCACCGGACGUAGCGGGCAUCGAUCUAAACUCUGGAUGUCCCAAGCCGUUCUCUACAUCAGGCGGUAUGGGCGCUGCGCUGCUCAAGACGCCAGACUUGCUGUGCGAGAUAUUGCGGCGGUUGGUGGAGGAUGUAGGCAAGCCAUUCGAGAUCGGUAUCAGUGUCAAGAUUCGAAUACUCAGCACGGCAGAAGAGACGGAGAAACUGGUCAGGAGAUUGGUGCAGACGGGAAUCACAGGCUUGACGGUCCAUUGCCGGACGACACCCAUGCGGCCCCGGGAGCGCGCCAUCCGCGACCAACUGAAGAUGAUCGCAGACAUUUGUCGUGAAGCGGGCGUCGCCUGCCUGAUGAACGGAGACGUAACCUCUCGGCGCGAGGCGCUGCAACUGGCGCAGGAAUUCGGCGUCGACGGCGGGAUGAUCGCAACCGAGGCGGAGAAGAACCCGAAUUGCUUCCGCGAGGACGCAGAGGGAGGACCGCAGGAGUGGAGGGCGAAGUGGAAGACGUCUGUGACUGACUACAUGCGCCUGGCGAUCGCAGUCGAGAAUCGUUGGGGCAACACGAAGUAUCUCCUCGGCCAGAUGAUCCCCGGAAAGGACAAGAUGUACCGCGAGAUGAACAGCUCCAAGUGCUACGCGGACGUCGUCAAGGCCCUCAAGCUCGACGGUGUCGACGACCUGCUCGAGCGUGCGAAGGCCGUCGACGCACGCCUUGGGAUCCCGCCGCAGGAAUCCCGUGCUGAGAAGAGGGCAAGAGCCAGGGAAACCGCCCCGCCUGCGAGCACUAAGAAGAACCAGAAACGAGAGGCAGAAGAAGAAAACGAAGAAACCACCGCAAAGCGCGUGAAGGUACCCGAGGAGAACACGAACGACACCUCCACUCCAUCUAUACCUCCCCACACUCAGGACCAACCCGUCCCACAAGCCACCGCCGCCUUGAGUGCCUGA